UCGAGCAGCAACCUCCAGUUCUCCAUCUAAAUCCAACAGCAAGUAAUCCAGAAUGGCACAGAAACUUAUCCUCGUCCUGAGCGCUUUGGUGGCGGUGUCCUCCGCCGUGGUGGUUCCCGGUCCCGGACUGGCCCUGCCCGCCUAUCCAUCGUAUCCGGCGCUGGCCAAGGUGGCUGCUCCUCUGGUGGCUAAGGUGGCUGGACCCGAGCCCUACGAUCCCAAUCCUCAAUACACCUUCAGCUACGAUGUUCAUGAUGGAUCUACUGGUGAUGUGAAGAGCCAGCAGGAGACCCGCAGCGGUGAUGUGGUGCAGGGCGCCUAUUCCCUCAUCGAAGCCGAUGGCACCCGCCGUAUUGUGGAGUACACCGCCGAUCCUGUGCACGGAUUCAACGCAGUGGUCCGCCGUGAGGGUGCCGUGGUUAAGGCAGUGGCUCCAGUGGCCAAGGUUCUUGCUCCAGCUCCUCUGCUCCAUGCCGCUCCUUUGGUUGCCAAGGUGCCCGCAUAUGCCCCAGCUCUGGCGCCUGCUUAUCCGGCUCUGGCCCAUGGAUACGGUCCGGCUUUGGCCCCAGCCUACGGACCCGCUUUGCCCAAACUGGCACUGCCUGCUCUGCCCGCCCUCUCGCCCCUGGGCUACCACUAAGUCAGGGAAUCGAACCCAACCGGAUUGAUAUUUGCCGACCUCUUGCCGCACCCGAAUAAUGGACACAUCGCGACCAACUUCUCCUGCCACGUGGCCUCCAGCUAACAGAAGGCCACGGGCCGAUCGUAGUCGAUAGUAGUUGUAGUAUUAGUUGAAAUGAAAGCGAUUUAUCGAAAUAUGUACAUACGAAUUCACGGACAGCGGGUUCUGAUUUGAUUAUUAUUUUUGGAUCCGGAUCCAAUGUCCCCUCAUCUACACUCACAACAUUCUCGAGGCCUUUCAUUUAUGUUUCUUGUCUUUUUAAUCUUAAGGCUGUUUGACCGCGAUAAAAACUCUAUAAUCCCCAACUUACAAUCCCCGUUUCAAUUCUUAUUUAAUCCGAGCCUGUGCACUCGAGUAGAACUCGCAGAAUGAGAAACGAGAUUGCAAUAAACGAACCGAAGCUAUGCAAA